GCUGUGAUCGAGCUAAAAACAUCGAUGUUCCGCGAAGAGCAUUUCGGAUUUCGAGAGCACCUAGAGGAAUUUAUUCGAGCGUACAGAAACGAGCCUUGCCUCUGGAUGACGAAAUCGAAGGAUUAUCACGAUCGCAAUAAAAAGGACGCCGCGUAUGGUAGGCUAAUCGAAACAUACAAGGCGAUCGAUCCCCAUGCUAACCGAGAAAUCGUUGUGAAGAAAAUAAAUAAUCUGAGAACUACCUACAAGAAGGAACUGAAAAAGCAACAAUUAUCCCAAACCUUCGGUGCCGGAGCCGAAGAGACGUAUACCCCACGUUUGUGGUAUUUCCAUCUUUUAGACUUUUUAUACGAUCAAGAAACACCCAGGACAUCGAUGUCCGAUGCCUAUAUCCAUAGUUGGAGCCGCCAUUUGGGGCCUGUUAAAAAAAUCGGCACAUUGUCGCCACGAGCGUUGGAAGUGAAACUUCUCGGAUGAAGCGAAUUGUUAUCAAUUAUUUCUUUAUUAUUCUUUUACGAAAUGCCCUUACGGGUUGAAUACUGGCUUUUUUAUACGUAAGAAUCCUGACACGCAAAAAUUAACAUUAAUAGUAACUGACUGGGAAAUUAAUUGAUAGGAUAACACCCUG